UUUCCUGGUUUUAUUAAAAGUUUGUUGUAAAAAAUAAACAAAAAGCGACAAGUACUGAAAAUUCAUAUAGCAUGGGAGUCACUGUGCUACAGCCUUAUCCACUGCCCGAGGGCAAGUCUGGAUCCCACAUUAUUGAUCACCUGGCCAAGCGCCUUGUCUCACUGGGCGCCACACAUGCCGGUCAGUUUCUGGUCGACUGCGAGACAUUCAUCUCGACGCCACAACACGGAACACCGACGCGGGCGGUUCACGUGCUGCACAACUCGGAGUAUCCGGCAUCCACGUUCUCCAUCAUUGACAAUGGCACGGGGAAACAAGUGGCCCUAGUGGCCGACAGCAUCUUUGAUUUACUUAUGCUCAAAAUGACGUCCACUUUCACAUCGAAGAAACAAACAAAGAUUGAAUCGCGUGGCGCUCGCUUUGAGUACGGCGAUUUUGUGAUUAAACUUGGCUCCGUUACCAUGAUGGAGCACUUCAAGGGCAUACUAAUUGAGAUUGAGUACCGGCCAUGUGUAAUGCUCUCCUACUGCUGGGAAAUGAUACGGGAAAUGCUACAGGGAUUCCUGGGCAUCAAUGUGGCCAAGGAGUAUCCCACCUAUUUCACCACACAGACCAUCAUGAAUGCGAUGGGCCAACAACAAUUGCAUGCCAAACAGAACGAUCUCUACGAGCCGAUGGACACGGUUAAACAGUAUUUGGAGCAUUUCACCAACUAUCGCAAACACGUGCAACUCCAUGGCGCCAUGGGAGGCACUCCCGGAGGAUCUGUGGGACCCGUGCUCCUGCCCUCGACCGUCGGAAUGGGGCGUGCUUGAUGCGAGGUUAAGCUGGAGCCACCAGAUACCACCUAGAUAACAGAUACUAGAUACCGCCUCCAGCUACGAAUUAAAUACGAGUUACAAAUCAACUGAGAUUCAAA